CUCCCAUUCAUUCCCAAUUUUCGCGUUCGCACACACUUCGAUCUUCUUCUUCGACCUUAGAGAAUGGUGAUUCUGAUCUGUUAGUUGCUGAGAAAAGCCAUUGAAAGGAAUGUAAUAGGGAAUAUGAAUUUUUGUUUUGGUUUUUGAAGAAUCUGAAACUUUUUCUAGUUGAAUACAAUAUCUUAAGAGAGUUAAUUAGCUUAGUAUUGUAGUAUUCAGAUCCGAGACACCAAGUGGAUGGUUAGUUAACCAUUUAUGUGUGGGUUCUCUGUGUAAUUAUCGCCUGAGAUUGUUGAUUUGUUAUGAUGUUUGUUUCGGACUUGUAAGAUGUGUAAAAUUUGCAUUUAGCGAUCAGAUUUUUGUAACCUAUAUUUCCAGAAUCGAUUGAUACUUCAAUAUUUUAAAGAUGUCGCCAACUGAUUCUUCGCGCGAGGAGAACGUCUACAUGGCCAAGUUGGCCGAGCAGGCUGAGCGUUAUGAGGAAAUGGUUGAGUUCAUGGAGAAAGUGGCCAAGACCGUUGAUGUCGAGGAGCUUACCGUUGAGGAACGGAAUUUGCUCUCUGUGGCCUACAAGAAUGUGAUUGGGGCUAGGAGGGCUUCGUGGAGGAUCAUCUCCUCCAUUGAGCAGAAGGAGGAGAGCAGGGGAAAUGAGGACCAUGUCACCAUCAUAAAGGAUUACAGGGGUAAGAUCGAGUCCGAGCUGAGCAAGAUCUGUGAUGGGAUCUUGAACCUUCUAGAGUCACAUCUUAUUCCGUCGGCCUCAUCUGCUGAAUCUAAGGUGUUUUAUCUUAAGAUGAAGGGUGAUUACCAUAGGUAUCUGGCUGAGUUUAAGACUGGAUCUGAGAGGAAGGAAGCUGCUGAGAGUACUUUGCUUGCUUACAAGUCAGCACAGGACAUUGCUCUGGCUGAACUGGCUCCUACCCACCCAAUAAGGCUUGGACUUGCACUUAACUUCUCCGUGUUUUACUAUGAGAUCCUUAACUCACCUGAUCGUGCUUGCAAUCUUGCAAAGCAGGCUUUCGAUGAGGCUAUAUCUGAGCUUGACACAUUGGGUGAGGAUUCCUACAAAGACAGUACAUUGAUUAUGCAACUUCUCCGUGACAAUCUGACACUCUGGACUUCUGACAUCACGGAUGAUGCCGGCGAUGAAAUUAAGGAAGCAUCAAAACGUGAAUCAGGGGAGGGGCAGCAGUGAUUAUAUGUUUCGAUAAAAUAGGAUAUGUACUCUUUUAUUGUUAUCUUCCUUUUUAAUAGAUGCCAUGGUUGUAGUAGCACAAUUUCUUAACGAACUGGGAGGCCUCUAGUGUAUUGCCACUCUGGGGUUGAAAUGUUUCAACGUAUUAUAAAUUUGCUUUUUAUUAUUGGUGAGAAGAAUUUGGUUUAGUUUUUAGGUGUUGUGCUAUGUUAAUUGGUACCAGAGUUAGGUAAUUUAUAACCUCCUUUUUUUUUUUUUUUUUGGAAUGAGGUCCGUGAUAGUGAUACUUUGUUUUGGUA